CUUGGCUUGGCGGCACACGAGUCACCGUGUCCCGCAGAUGGGAAGUGAAGGGUUCAGAAUGACCCUUCCAGCGUUGGUUUUCAUAUCACUUAGAUAGCCCUUCGUGCCUUGACCUGUCCUUUUGCAACGUCAAAUAUCUGCGACUUGCAAAAGGACAGUUUGCUCUUGAAACUCGCCCUCGUCCUUGCACUCAACCCAACCUGUACUGCAUCUUGCCACUCGACUGAAGUGGCCAAAGAAGUCACGUGCGCAAUCACUUUUUGGUCAUUGAACACCUUGACCUGUAGAUGUUUGUCACCCGACCUUAGAUCUACCGACUCAACUUUUAGGUCUUGAUUGAGAUCGACAUACAACUCACAGGACAGACUUCUCACCGGCAAAAGCCAUCAUGGAAGAUAGCACUGAUGGUCAGGAUUGGGACUCGAGGAAAUGGGCACAGGCUGGCGAUUCAGACUGCGCAGAUCGAAAUGAUUUCCAUCGCAACCACCAUCCUCACCUUUCGCCGCCGACAAUUCCAGAUGACUCCCGAGAGUACAUGGCUAGGUCUGGCCCAAGUCAACCAAUGAAGCAUUAUUGGAGAGCUGAAGGGAAUCCUCGCGAGAGACACCAUCAUCCACGCCCGCGAGCAAGAGACCGAGACCGAAGUCCGGGUUCAACGACAUCUCCAAGGGAAGAGCCUUUCGAUCGCCACAGACAGCGAGGUCGUUCAAAUUGGGACAAUUCUGUUUCAUCGAGGAAGGGCCGUCACCACGAAUAUUUUGGGAAGUCGCAUGGUAGACAACCAUCAUUUUCGCCUCCUCGUUAUUCAAGACCAGCUUCACCUCCUCCAUCAAGAAGCAGGCAAUUCGAAGAUUCGUCAAGAUAUCCUCGUGAUUAUUCUCCCGACCGAUCCCCCAAGCGAAGGCGCACCAAGAGUUCCGUUUCAAUAGAGCGAGACAGAGAUUCGCUUGACGAGCGCGAUCGAAACCAAGAAGAUUCUAGAGGCGGCAUUCCCGAUUCUCGUCUUCCGCCGCCGCAUUCGCACCAAUCCGACGAUCUCGACCCAGAUUCUCGAAGUGCCCAAGCCGAACCCUUUGUGCACCCUGAUCGAAGAAGAGGAUUCACUCCUGACCCACGAGACCGCCGCUCUCCUUCCAUAAUUUCACACCCAGGCUCCAGAGCUCCCUCUAAUCGAACACGAGAAUCAUCGAUCGGAUCGAAUUUCCCGCCCAACAGACAGGACCGAUUCAAGAAUCGCCGCUCCAGAAAGAGAAGGGGCAAUCGUCCCUCAAGAUCUCCGUCCUUCUUCGAUCAUACAGAAUAUCAUUCAAUGGAUGGCCAACAUCCAAACCGCGGCAAUCAUGGAUAUAGAGGACAACCGCGUUACCUAGAUUCCAGGCAACAUGGAUCACCCCCUUUCUCCUCGGCCUCUAAUAGCUCUUAUCAUGGCUCGCCUCCUCCAAACCCCCAAUACAACCAACGAGAUGGUUGGGGUGGCGGUGGUGGGCGAGGACAAUAUGCUCAAAUGCAAAGUUCAUCUCCUCCCUAUAGACAAAACAGCUUUUCGGGGCCCAACAACAUGAACAACCCCAAUCCUUUUCCUGGAAAUCAACAUGGUUACCACGGCCAAUCAGGUUAUCGGGGUCGUGGCCGCGGGCAUCACCAAGGUCCUGAUCGAAGAUUCAAUCCCAAUUAUCGCGGGAGAGGAGGUAAUUACCAAAAUCUACAAUGGACACCUCCACCCACCGGCGCACCAACCGGACCUGCAGCACAAAGCUUUCAACCCAGUUCGGCAAACUCGGUGCAACCAUUAUCGACCCCUUCACAAACACCACAGGAUGACGGACCACCAGAGGAACAACAUCCCUUUCGACCAUCCAAGGACCCACAGGCGGAGGAUCAAAGAGACAAUACUCGUCCUACAGGACCCAAAUAUGGUAAUGAGAAUCAAGGCUCGGCUGCCUCCAAAUUCAGCUUUGCAUUCAAACCAAAACCGCCUCCGCAGGGACCCGCUAAGACCACAGCAGAUUUUGCCAAACCCAAAGGGCCCUUUCAACCCGAUAGUCGACCUCCUCAACAUCCCAAAAACAAAUUCCACGAUCGAAGAGAUGACAGACCUGGUCCUCCUCGAGGUCCUGCAGACCGGAGAUUUCCAAAUGAUAGAAGAUUUCCUCCCGAUCGACCACCAUACCCAGACCGAAGACCUGAUCGAUCUCGUUCACCGCCUCCAAAGAAAUUCAAAAAGGAAAUCAAGUCGAGACCUGUCCUACCUCCCGAGUUUGCUGAAUCCGAGUCAAUCUAUUACCGAAAACCCGGAAAUGAGUCUGUCGUCGGAGCUGGCACCUACGGAAAAGUUUUCAAAGCUAUCCACAUUUAUACCAAAGACCAAGUUGCGCUCAAGAAGAUUCGGAUGGAGGCUGAACGAGAUGGUUUCCCUGUCACCGCGGUUCGCGAGAUUCGGUUGCUACAGCACCUGCGACAUAAACACGUUGUUGCGCUGCAAGAAGUCAUGGUGGAAAGAAAUGAAUGUUUCAUGGUAUUUGAGUACUUGUCUCACGACUUGACUGGUCUCAUCAACCAUCCAACCUUCAAAUUGACACCCUCACACAAGAAAGAUUUGGCUCGACAAAUGUUUGAUGGACUGGACUUUCUUCAUCGCCGAGGUGUAUUACAUCGGGAUAUCAAGGCUGCCAAUAUCCUCAUUUCCAACUCUGGACGGCUCAAGUAUGCAGAUUUUGGCUUGGCUCGAUUCUACACCAAGUCCCACAAGCUGGAUUACACUAACCGCGUCAUCACUAUUUGGUACCGACCGCCGGAGCUGUUACUUGGAGAAACACAGUAUGGGCCUGAAGUGGACAUAUGGUCUGCUGCAUGUGUGUUUGUCGAAAUGUUUACCAAAAAGGCAAUCUUUCCUGGCGAGGGAGGUGAAUUGAGCCAACUUGACAAGGUGUACAAUGUCUUGGGAACCCCGACUCGAAACGACUGGCCGGGCAUCAUCGAUCUUCCAUGGUUCGAACUCAUGCAACCCAGUGAUCGACGUAAGAGGGUCUUUGAGGCCAUGUUCAAAGACAUUUUCCCCGCUGCCGCACUUGAUUUAGUGCAAUGGAUGUUCAAAUAUGACCCGAACAAACGUCCGAACGCGGCACAGGUCCUGGCGCAUGACUAUUUUGUGACAGAAGAACCUAAACCCGUUCAAGCAGUCGAGUUAGCAGACGUCGAGGGUGAUUGGCAUGAAUUUGAGUCCAAAGCUCAUCGCAGGGAGAACGACAAGCGUGAGAAAGAAAAGAAGAAAGAAGAGUACAUGAGAGACCGUGAGAAACGAAAAGCCCGCGAAGCAGGACUAUCAGAGUCUAGGGAUGAUACCGAUGCUGCACCGGCAGAGAAGAAAAGCCGACAAAAUCGUCAUCCAGGAUCUGGUCCACCUGAUUCAUCGAACGGUGGAGGUGAUGUGGCUGAGGCCACGGCCGACAUGGCCCGCGAGGAUGAAUCUGAGGGUGAAGGGAGUGCAAGAAUGAGCAUGUCUUGAUAUGAAUAACUACUUAGACAACCAUAGGAGCAUGUUUUAUUAGAGGAAUUGGCCAGGACAUGCCCGUAUCACAGCUCCAGUCUGAUGGAGGUUGUUUGUCUGAAGUUGCUCCUUUACAUUUUUC